UCCCCCCUUUUAAGAGUUUUCAUACACCUGGAAGAAGAGAAUGUCAAGACGCAGUAGCCGUUUACAAGCUAAGCAGCAGCCCCAGCCCAGUCAGACGGAUUCCCCACCAGAAGCCCAGAUAAUCCAAGCCAAGAGGAGAAAAACAGCCCAGGAUGUCAGAAAAAGAAAAGAGGAAAAGGUCACCAAGAAGCAUCAGUAUGAGAUUAGGAAUUGCUGGCCACCUGUAUUGUCUGGCGGAGUCAGUCCUUGCAUUAUUAUUGAGACACCUCACAAAGAAAUAGGAACAAGUGAUUUCUCUAGAUUUACAAAUUACAGAUUCACAAACCUUUUUAUUAAUCCUUCACCUUUGCCUGACUUAAGCUGGGGAUGUUCAAAAGAGGUUUGGCUAAACAUGUUAAAAAAGGAAAGCAGAUAUGUUCAUGACAAGCAUUUUGAAAUGCUGCAUUCUGACUUGGAACCACAAAUGAGGUCAAUACUUCUAGACUGGCUUUUAGAGGUAUGCGAAGUAUAUACACUUCACAGAGAAACGUUUUAUCUUGCACAAGACUUUUUUGAUAGAUUUAUGUUGACACAAAAGGAUAUAAAUAAAAAUAUGCUUCAGCUCAUUGGAAUUACCUCAUUAUUCAUUGCUUCCAAACUUGAGGAAAUCUAUGCCCCUAAACUCCAAGAGUUUGCUUAUGUCACUGAUGGUGCUUGCAGUGAAGAAGAUAUCUUAAGGAUGGAACUCGUUAUACUAAAGGCUUUAAACUGGGAACUAUGUCCUGUAACAAUCAUCUCAUGGCUGAACCUCUUUCUUCAAGUUGAUGCUCUUAAAGAUGCUCCUAAAGUUCUUCUACCUCAAUAUUCUCAGGAAACGUUCAUUCAAAUAGCUCAGCUUUUAGAUUUGUGUGUUUUGGCCGUGGAUUCCUUAGAAUUCCAGUACAGGAUCCUGGCUGCUGCUGCCCUGUGCCAUUUUACCUCCAUCCAGGUGGUUAAGAAAGCUUCAGGUUUGGAAUGGGACAACAUUUCAGCAUGCGUAGACUGGAUGGCGCCGUUUGUCAGUGUAGUGAAAAGUACUUCUCCAGUGAAGCUGAAGACUUUUAAGAAGAUUCCUGCAGAAGACAGACAUAAUAUCCAAACACAUACAAAUUAUUUGGCUAUGCUGGAUGAAGUAAAUUAUGUAAACUCCUUCAGAAAAGGGGGCCAGCUAUCACCAGUGUGCAGUGGAGGCAUUAUGACACCACCGAAGAGCACUGAAAAACCACCAGGAAAACACUGA